CACAGGUGCUGUGUCUGUGAGAUAACUCUGGUGCUAAAGAGGGAUUACAAUCUGAACCUCCACAAUGUCUUACUACGAGCAUAUAGUAUUACCUGACGAAUUACUUGAAGACAACAGCUCGGAGUCCGGAUCGGGGGAUUUUGCCUUAAUCGAGUACACGGAGGCCUGCGACCGAGCUGUCAGUCAUGAGUUCAGCCGGAUAUUCCUCCCCACCGUGUACGGAAUCAUCUUUGUGCUCGGGAUCAUUGGCAACGGGCUGGUGGUGGUGGUCAUGGGCUACCAAAGGAAAUCCAGAACUAUGACUGACAAGUACCGUGUUCACCUAUCCGUGGCCGACCUGCUGUUUGUGCUGUCUCUGCCUUUCUGGGCGGUGGACGCGGCCAGCGACUGGUACUUCGGCGGCUUCUUGUGUGUGGGUGUGCACAUGAUCUACACUGUCAACCUUUACAGCAGCGUGCUGAUUCUCGCCUUCAUCAGCGUCGACCGCUACCUGGCUGUGGUGCGCGCCACGAACAGCCAGGGACCGAGAAAACUUCUGGCGGAGCGCAUCAUCUACGUGGGCGUGUGGCUCCCGGCGAUGCUGCUCACGGUGCCCGACCUGGUGUUCGCCAAGUCGGAGGACAUGACCGUCAGGACCAUCUGCGAGCGGGUCUACCCGGAGCCGGCCAAAAUCUGGCGCGCAGCUUUCGAGUUCCAGCACAUCGUGGUGGGCUUCGUGCUCCCGGGACUGGUCAUCCUCGUCUGCUACUGCAUCAUCAUCUCCAAGCUCGCCCGCGGCACCAAGGGCACGCAGAAACGCAAGGCGCUCAAAACCACGGUGGUGCUGAUCGUGUGUUUCUUCAUCUGCUGGCUGCCCUACUGCGUGGGGAUCCUGGUGGACACCCUCAUGACCCUGGACGUCAUCGAGCACAGCUGCGAGCUGGAGCAGGGCUUGGAGAAGUGGAUCUUUGUCACCGAGGCGCUGGCAUACUUCCACUGCUGCCUCAACCCAAUCCUGUACGCCUUCCUCGGCGUGAAAUUCAAGAAGUCCGCCCGCAGCGCCCUGUCCCCCAGCCGCGGCUCCAGCCUCAAGAUUCUCCCCAAGAACAAGCGCUGCGGAAUGUCCUCCGUGUCCACGGAAUCAGAAUCCUCAAGCUUCCACUCAAGUUAACGCACGCAGAAAUUCGUUGUUUUUCCAGAACUUUUCCCCCAACUGUAAAUAGUAUUCCCCGCUAUCCAUUCCCGUGGACACUUUUGUACAUGAGACAAAUCAAACGAGUCGUUACAUUAAAAUGUAAAGGCGCUCUCUCUGUUGUGCGUUCGGGCUGAGCCCCCAAGCAGGGCCAUUGAAUGGUCCUCUUUAGCUAUGUAAAUAGGACUCCAGUGUCAGUAUUGAGUUGACCAAUAGAUGUAUAUCUGUAGCUAAAUGCAAUGGAAAGAUUUGAAUUCAGGGAUUUUUUUGUAUUUUCUGAUCACCAGAAUUGCCUACAAACUGCAUUGUAUUUCACUGUAGCCUUACAUUUUUUAUAAAACAAAGAAAAUAUUGUUUAUAUUGUUUACUUCUGCUUUGUUGGCACUUAGGAAAUGCCAUGCUCUUAUUUAUUACAAGUCAAGAAUGGAUUGAGUGCUUGAUGUCUAGGUUGUUUCAAGAUAGCUGCUUUGAUUCCAGAUCAUUUGUAAUAAACAGUUCAA